AUGAGUGGGAGAAACCUCAAGAUGACACCAGAAGACUACAAGCGUCUACACGAGAAACUCUCCCGCUACGGCGAGCGCUUCGACAGCAACGUCGACACACAUCUCCCAGCGGACCUCGUCAGGACAAAGAGAGGGGCCAUCGCCAAACGACAGCCACACUUCCCAGCCCGCAAUGCAGCGUACUACAAAGCGCAAUGUUCUUUCCGCGGACUCAAGACUUCUGGCAAGAUCGACGAGCUGCAGCAAUUACUCAAGACGAGAGACAUCGCCCAGGACGCUCGCAUCAAGAACGAACUCGAGGGUAUUCAGAAGCAAGUCGAUGCUUACCAGGAGGAAGAGAGGAGGCGAGAGGCGGAAAGGUGGUGGUUGGACCCGGUGCGGACGUUGGACGCGAAGACUUCGAGGGAUGCUUUCCGUGCGGUGGAGGAGUCUUUGGCGCGCGAGGAUGUUUUGAAGACAUCUUGUCAUGUCUUUGCGAGAUGUUCCGAUGAUCUUGAAGACGCGGCACGGAAACUCAAUCUGGCGUAUGAAUUCAUCGACCUCGCUCCGGGAAGCUUCUCCAUGAACGCACGCCAGAUCAUCGGCCAAGAGGCUGCUGUCAAGGCUGCUGCGAAGAGAAUUCGCGAGGAAGCGGAGCAACAACGCCGUGAUGCUGAAGCGAGGUGCCAGGCCGAAGUUGCUCGACGGCGCGCUGCUGCGAGGGCUCGACAGGAGCAGAUGCUCGCUGAAGCGAAACAGGCGCCGGACUGGGACAUUUCCGGUUCUUGGACUGUCGAGUGUAAUCCUCUCGCUGAGUAUAGCGAGGGACCAGAUAGGAGGGCGACGCUCAGUAUGGAGAUCUGGCGGGAUGGUUUCAGUCUGGAGGAUGUCAGGCAGGACGAGCCUGACUCGGAUGAUGAGGACAAUGAGGACGAGGAAGAAGAUGAAGAAGACGACCAUCGCCGUGGUCCUAUCAGCCUCGAAACACCUCAUCCACACGACGCCAGCAUCCCCCGCUUCCACGCCUCCUUCGACUUCGGAGUGGUAGAAGGUACCAUGCGCAUCUACCCUCCUUCCUCGAACAGACCCGCAAGAGGAUCUUUCAAGAUCAAGCAGAACCCCUCCUUCCAGUACGUCUACCGCUGCCGCGAAACCGGCGAAGGCGAGAUCCCGAUUGAGACGGAUGGAUAUCAGCCAGAGACCAUCACCUUCGCGGAUCAUGGAACGAGAUUUCGUGGCAUGUUCCGUUGUCCUUUAAUCUCGGGGCUGGUUGAGAUCAAAGGGAGGAAGAGGAGUCAUGGGAGAGGGGAGAGGAAGAAUAGUAAGGAAGCUUGGACGGAGCUGUCGGAGAGUGCCUGGGAUAGAGGCCAUUCCAAGAGGUGGGGAGGGUGGUAA